UCUUUUGAUGUUACAAAGUUGAUGUGAUUUAACAAGAUAGACUUACGAAAUAUUUAUAAAAACUUUGAAAUUUCCGUCUUUUGAAAUUUAUAUAGAUAUUUGAUUUGUUUCUUAAAAGAAGAAAUAUAGACAAUUAAUUAAUACCUGAGUGGCCCAUGUACGACUGUGUUUACAAUAAAACAAUGAACCUGAAAUUCUUUUGUUUAGGACACGUUUUCUCGUUCAUAUGACGACCGAUCAAGGUAUAAAUAAACCGGUCAAAUUCAUUUGUGUUAAAAUAGAUAUUCUAGUAAUCAAUUAAAGUUUUAAUAUUUUAUAAAUAAGAAAAUAACUUUAACUGAAUAAAAUAAAAAAAUGGAGACAACUGGAAUCAAUCUUCUAAAUUUUAUGAACAGUGCAACUUCCAGUGUUCAAACAGUUCUUGCAAAGCCGAGUUGUUUUAAACGUAAUACAAACCACCGGAGAUUUUUACAAAAACAACUUCUUCAGCACCAUAACGACAAAGAUUCAACAAGUUUGCGCCUAGCUACAACUAACGCUGUGCAAAAACCGAAACACAGAACUAUAAAAAAAAUAAAAUCAUUGACUACUAAGCGCAAACCAGGAAUUUGGGAACAAGGUUGUGAAUUUUCUCAUCAAAUAAGAGUUCCCUCACCAAGUAUGGAUUACCUCCAAUAUACCGAGCUUGAAGAAGCAAGUUUUUAUCAAGAACACAGCAAUGUAGAUACUAAUACUCAUCUCAAUGAUCAGCUUGGUCAUCGAGAUGAUGGUCUCGAUGACCAGCUUUAUUUUGAAAGAAAUUUACAAAACCAAUACCGAGUACACCAAUACGAAAACAAUGAAAAUUUUUUUAAUGGUCACACUACCUAUAACAAUUUUUAUCACACUACCUAUAAAUUAGGACAAGAGGAAUUGCCUCAGCCCCAUUCACCAACUUUAUCACUGUCGUGUUGUUCAUUAUUCUCAAAGAAUUGUGAAGAGUCUCGUUUUGAAAACAAUAUUGAUUACACUGAUUUUUUAACUGGAGAAGAGUUAGUAAUGACAUUAAAAGAAUCGGAGUUAUUUGUUCCUGAAAUAAUAUACAAUGAAAACUCAUUAACUAUUAACACAAACACAGAAGAUUAUAAAAACUUUUUUUUGGGCGGCGACGUACACUAUGGAUACAACACUGUAUCCGACACUUGCAACAGUUUGUCGAACGUUGAAGAUUGUUGCCGAUAUGAAGAAACAACGCCGAUAUCUGACAGAGUAUUAAAUACUUCGUUUGAUUUUGACUUUUGGUAACAUUCUUUUUUUUUCUGAAAGUUUUGCGUUAUUUAUAUGUCAUUAAUUUUGCGUUUUUUAUAUGUCAUUAAUUUUGCGUUUUUUAUUUGUCAUUAAUCGCAAAAUACAAAUAUGCUGUAAAAAUAUUUAGUUCUUUUUUUUUAAUGUAUUAAUUUUCAUACAAACUUUUUUUCUUUAUUUUUUUACUAUUUCUUUAAAUAUUUGCAGCAGUUUAAUAACCUGCAGUUAAUAAAAUGAUUAGUUCACUAUUUUAAACAACCUGCAAUUCAAAUGUUUUGUUCACCUUUUUUAGUUCAUAAUAUACAAAAUUGUAAAUAAUAAACCACGUUUUCAGAGAAGAAACAAUUAAAUUAUUUUGUUAAA